ACGAUGCUGUUUUACUUCGUGUCAUAUCACAGAGCUUCCAUCUUGUUAGUCUUCUUUUUACUUCAUUCCGUUUUCUUGAAUUUUAUUUGUCGUAAAAUGACAUAAAAUUCACGAUAAAAUUUCGCCCCCCUCCCACACCUUGGCGUUUGUUUACACUUUGCACUUGUUGCCGAGCAGUUGCUAGGGAAUCCCCAGAUAUGCAAAUUUUAGAACAGACCAUUCGUUCGAGUAGGUUAUUCUAAUGUUUAUAACCAUACAUAAUUCAGAAAAAAAUGUUAUUGUGGAAAGUUAGGAAGUCAUUUUUAAUUUUCAUAAUAUUAUGUUCAACAACAAAUUCUCUUUUAUAACGUCAAGAUGAUUGAAAUGUCGUAAAAUCUUGUCCCAUAUUUUAUAGUCAUCCCCACACUAGAUGAAAUGGACUCGCCGCGGCGCACUUAGCAACGAUCCAGGCGACUACCUCAUCAUUCCGCACUUGGACGCCCCCGAGAGAGGACGUCAACGUAGCGUUACCUUUGCAGUAUCAAAGCGUAUACAACAACAGCACCUUCUGAUCACCCAUAUGUUUGGAACCCUGGGCAGGGCCGCUAUGCGGGGCCUGACGGGGGUGCGGCCAGUCAACAUGCUGGCAGCCCCCCAGGCCCCCCCUGCCCAGGUGUUCACGAAGAUUUUCCCCAUCCCCAUGCCUAGCCUUACCAGUCUGGCAGUGCACAAGCAUAAGAUAGCGGAAGUGCUGAUGAUAGCUACAGGCGCCGCCAUCUGCGCAGCAGAAGCUAACAUGUUCCUUAACAGGAACACUGGCAAAGCCACCACCGCCACCAAGCACACUGCAGAAGACGAACAACCUAAGGCAAAGACAAGGACAAGGGUAGAGAGCUACCCAUGGAUUGGUAUCCAGCCCGGUUAUCAUCAAGGGUUCUAAUGGAUCAUCUUCCAGAACAUCUGGGUUAAAAAAAGAAAAAAAAACUUGGGAAGCAAAAAAAAAAUGUAGUACUUAUUACAAUGUAUGUUUGUCUGUUAAGUGCUUUUAAAUUUUAACAAUACAACAGGUAGUUAGGUAAGCGCAGGUAAAAUUGUAGCUGUGUUAGUAUGUAUUUCUGUUGUUUUAAGUCCUAAUGUGGAGGUACCGGUAUAUACAGUUUGUACAUGUACGUCUUUUUCUAUAGUUUAUUCUCUACAUACUGUGGUAACUUAUGCAUACCUACAGUUGCCUGAAAAUAUCCAGUAUCCGAAACUAAGUCUUUUGAACAAAAAAACUGAUAAUCUCAUUGUGAGAUAGAAAUUUAUGCGUGUUAUAUGGCUUUAAAAUUUAACAUUUCAGACUGUUUUUCAUGUCAUUGAUAUUUCCCACAUUUGCCUUUUUUGAAUGGGGAGUGUGCAUUUAACUUAAGUUUUUUUCUCUUUGCAUUUUGGCAUCUCCAAUUCUUUUUAAGAUUUAUCAAUGCUUUUUUUUUAAAGUUUCUAAAUUUACAUUCCUUCCUUCUACUUCACACCUUGUCAUUUAUAAUGUUAUAAUGUCAUUAACACUUUUGCCUACAUUUUUGAAUGGGUGAGUGUAAAAUUUG